ACUCAGCGUCCCGCUGCUUACAAUGGUGCUUGUCAAAAGCCGGUUACAACACUGUGCUGACUUUUCGCUUUGCUUCGUUUGGUUAGGCUGCACCGACAAGCCUGCAGUGAUUUAAAGGGGGUUGUCUGUAAAAGCUCUGAAAAGCUAUUUUUAAAAGUUAGUAUGAACCGAUGACGCCCUGUCGAGCUGCAUUGUUCUGCAUCGCCUGUUAUUGAAGGGAUAUCGAUCUGGUCACAGUGUGCCCUUAAGGCAGCAGCAGCGUGCAGAAUGAAAGAUGCAAGCUGAGGCUUGGAAUUAGUAGUAGUAGCAGGUCGAGAGGGCUGCGCAGCUCAUGUACACGUUUUAGGCUUGUCGUCCAGCCUUUAGGAAGUACCGAAACGAGCCAGGAAAGCCCGCCCGUGCUGUGGUGCACUGCUCCCUGGGUGAAGAAUGACUGAGUAUAAAUUGGUGGUGGUGGGUGCUGGAGGUGUGGGCAAGAGCGCUCUUACCAUCCAGCUCAUCCAGAACCACUUUGUGGAUGAAUACGACCCAACUAUAGAGGAUUCGUAUAGAAAGCAGGUGGUGAUUGACGGAGAGACCUGCCUACUGGACAUCCUGGACACAGCAGGUCAGGAGGAGUACAGCGCCAUGAGAGACCAGUACAUGAGGACCGGAGAGGGCUUCCUCUGUGUCUUUGCAAUCAAUAACACAAAGUCAUUUGAGGACAUUCACCACUACAGAGAGCAGAUUAAGAGAGUGAAAGACUCUGAGGACGUCCCCAUGGUGCUGGUGGGAAAUAAGUGUGACCUGCCGUCACGUACGGUGGAUACUAAGCAGGCUCAGGAUUUAGCACGCAGCUAUGGAAUUCCUUUCAUCGAGACCUCAGCAAAAACGAGACAGGGUGUUGACGACGCCUUUUACACAUUAGUCCGAGAAAUUCGAAAGCACAAGGAGAAGAUGAGCAAGGAAGGCAAGAAGAAAAAAAAGAAGUCCAAGACAAAGUGUAUACUAAUGUGAAUAAUGCCUCCAUUUCAGUAUCGACUCUGAACAGCUGAAAUAUGAAAGAACUGCAUUUUGUACAUUACACUAAAUUAUUAGCCUCUUCAACAUACAGAACGGAUCGCGGUUUUCAUACAUUUGCUCUCUACAAACAAAUAAGCUUUUUCUUGUCUGGUGCCAGUUGCCCCAAAGUGUUGGUCCUGCAUUGUUGUUGACUGUACAAGUUGUGAAAUUAUUUUUUUAUUAGUUUUUUUGCUUUUCUUUUGUUGUUUGUGAAUAUUAGGUGUUUUUUUUUUUCUUCCCUAAAUUGCUCCAAUCCAGCAGAUUAAUCGUAUUUAGCAGAAUAUGCAUAAAUAGGCAACACACAAAUAUGUGCCUCUUAAUUUUAAAAGUGAAUAUUUGGAUGUAUGAUUUAGGGCCAUAGCGCAAACAAGUGCAUGCAGUGCAAGGAAUGCAUUGAACUAUUGCUUUUAAUCGUUGUACUGAUAUUAACGGCAACAAGGCAGUGAUUUGGAAAAUUUUUGUAAUGUAUUUAAUGGUUUGCACAACUUUUCAAAUUUGAAAGUGUCAGGCAUAUUGAAGCGUCUUAAAGUAGGACCAACGCUGUUUGGGGUGUUUUUUAAUUUUUUUUUAUUAUAAUAUAGCUCCACCACUGUGUAACACAAGCAUGCAGGCUUCCAUUCUAGUCUAUUUACAGAUCCAUGUCAGCCUUUAAAAGUGUGUCGGUUGUAAGCUCUAAACUUUGAUUUUUUUCAAUUGCAUGCUGUUCUUUUCUGUAAUCUCCUCGAGAAAAGCAAAGAGUUUUAAAAUACUGUGUUAAACAGCCAAUGUUGUGUAAGUGGGGUAGUUUUAGCCCGUGCGCCCUUUAACAUGUCUACAUUGCAUUCUUUCACAGCAUUUAUUAUUUACCGUCUUUUCAAGUUUAUUGUUCUGGUUUUAAUGUUGAGUUUAGAGACUAACAGUACUAGACACACUAAAAGAAGUGGUGUUGGAGUAAAGAAAAAAUGGUCUGAAACAUGGGUUUCUGCAGCAUAGAGCUAAGGUUUGUGAUAUAUGCUUCAAAAGGUUCUUUGUCUGAUGCUGUAGAUGAACCACUUUUGGUUCCAAGAAGAAGCAUAGUAGUUUAAGGACCUGUCCACACACAUCUGAAUAUUUAAAAAAAAAAAAAAAAGAUGUAUCUGUUUUAGCUUCCUGUCCAUAUUCAAACUGCUUUUGACCUAAUUUGUGGUCUCUAAAAAUGGAAUUCGAAUCUCAAUUAGUGUUUGUCAAAAUUCAUAAAUAUUAUUGAACACCUGUAUGCUACUGUUUUUUACACACACACGGCUUUGUUUUGAUUUAGAGUUUGUGACAUGCAUACUACACUACAUGUACAGAAAUAAUUUUAUAAGUAAAUGUGAGAAUUUUAAUACACAGAUAUGUGUGGACAUAAUCUUAGACUGUAGAGUUUCUAAUGUUUAAAACCAGUGGAGGCCUAUGUUUCCUCUCCUCUCCUUUUUUUUUUUUUUUUUUUUUUAA